AUGAGGACUCAGCAGGCGCUGGGCGUGAAAGCGGUGUCUGUGCUCCAUUGCGAAGCCAAAACAUCAGGUUCCCUGGGACUGUACUUCCCUCAGAGUGAGUACUCUGAGAGUGUUUAUGUGGGCCAGCCUGCAGGGACCCCCAUUCUGCAGAUCCACUCCAUGCUGGAGACUGAGACUGAGCAAGCCCAUUAUUACCUCUGCUGGAGGAACAAACAGCAGAGGUCCUACAUUCCAUGGUUCCAUCUGGAUGAAACCACGGGAACCCUCUACCUGAACAAAACGCUGGAAUGGAGCGACUUUGGUUCUCUGUACAGGGGAGCUGCCCAGGCUCUGAGGAAGCUGUCCUUGAAAGCAAUGGCUGUUCCAUGGCCUUUCCGUGAAGCCACAUGCAUGCGCCAGCCUACAGUGGAAAUCAGCAUUACCUUCAUCAAUGCCACAGUGCCCCCCUGUGGCCAAAUUGCACUGGAAAAAUUGUGCUUCCCUGACAGAGACUCAAAUCCUCACAUUCAGGAGAACCGUUUACCUGGACCGCUCAGGCAGCUGAGACGCCUGAGUCGCGUGAGCUUGUGUCCUGACUACAACAUCAGCUACGGCGUGGAAGCAGAGUCUCCUGUGCCGUUUGUCGUUAACGACACGACCUCAGAGCUGAUGGUGAAAGCUUCCGUGGACCGUGAGGAGAAAGAAGUGUACCGGCUGGAGAUUGUGUGUCGCGUUCAAACGGAAGACAAAUUUCACGAGCUGUUUGUUCCCCUCCACGUGAACAUCUAUGACGAGGACGACAACCCCCCCUACGUGAACGGGACGGACACGCAGGAAGUGGUGGUGGAGUUCAUUCGCAAUGAGGGAGCCAUAUUUGGUAACCUGUCUGUCUAUGACAGAGACACAACACCUAUUUUUCCAAAGGACCAGAGUCAGAACAAAUUUGUAGGAAACUUGAUGACAAACGAUUCCUGGAUUAAGGAGUCAUUCACAAUCCAACACACAUUCAGAGAAGAAAAAGCCAUCUUCGGCAACAUCCGGGGCACAGUCCACGAAUACAAGCUCAUCCUGAGCAAGAAUAUGUCAGUGACGGAGAACCGUACCUUCCAGCUGGACUACCUGGUGAAUGACACCACAUUCCCAGGUCCUGACGGGACAGUCAUGCUGCAUUUCAAUGUCACCAUCCUCCCGGUGCCCAUCCGCUUCUCCAACAGCACCUACGUUUACACCGUGAAUCGUAGAUCCACAGCCUACGCACAGACCGGGAAAAUCUGCGUUGACAACUGCCUCAAGUUCCAGGGAAUUGAUAUUGGAUACCAGCUGGCCAUAGUAGAGAAGAACGUGUCUGCGAGUGUGCAGUCAUGUUACGCGGCGGUGGGAGUGGCCAGGAGUCUGACGAACAUGUCGGGGGUGCUCUUCGUGAACGACACGGAUCCUCUCCGCAGGCCUGAGUGUACGGAGCUGCAGUACCUGGUUAUUGCGCAGGAGCAGCAGAAACAGCUCCAGGCGAAAACUCAGCUCAUCAUCGUGUUUGAGGGAGAAUUGGAUAAAGGUGAUGUAGAGGAGAAGCAUUUCCUAUCAUGUGCCGAGAGGAGACAGCGUAAGGAGUGUGAGGUAUUCCGAGGCCUUGGAACACCUUCGGGAAAAUGCCAGUGGAGACAAGGCACUGAGAAAGGGAUAUCGAGAAACUACUCCACUUGCUCGCCAGACCUUCGCACAUGCCCAGACGGCGUCUGUGAUGUCAUCGAGAGUAAAGACAUGUCCAUAUGUCCUCAGGACUGCACCAGUGAGCCAAUCAUCGGAGGCCAUGAGAGAGGUCUGAUGUUGGGGAUCAAAGCUGGAUAUGGAACCUGUUACUGCUUCUCAGAGAAAUGUUACUGUGAAAAGGAUGACGCUGAGGAGGCUAUCUGUGAUGACAUGUGUAAGACCAUCAUAGCCACGGCUGUGCUCCUCUCUUUCAUUGUCUCCAUCCUCCUCUCCUCUUACUUCAUCCAUCGCUACCACAAGACCUCGCCCAAGCCGCCCAUAGCCUCGGCAGAGAUGACUUUCCGUAGACCCGCCCAGUCCUACCCCAUCAGUUACUCAGCCAAUAAUGUUCGCCGGGCUUCCUUGGACUCUGUGGAGAACCAGGUGGCCAUUGACACCUUUAAAAUCCCGGAAGAUCCAAAAUGGGAAUUCCCACGGAAGAAUCUAGUCCUGGGUAAAACUCUUGGUGAAGGCGAGUUUGGAAAGGUUGUCAAGGCUACAGCAUUCCGUCUGAAAGGAAAAGCUGGAUAUACAACAGUGGCUGUUAAAAUGUUAAAAGAAAACGCUUCUCACAGUGAACUCCGUGACCUUCUGUCAGAGUUCACGCUGCUUAAACAGGUCAACCACCCACACGUUAUAAAGAUGUAUGGAGCCUGCAGCCAGGAUGGUCCACUGUACCUUAUCGUUGAAUAUGCCAAGUACGGGUCGCUACGUAACUUCCUGCGGGAGAGCCGAAAAGUGGGGCCCAGUUACAUGGGCAGUGACGCCAACCGCAACUCCAGCUACCUGGAAAACCCAGACGAGCGGGCUCUGACCAUGGGCGAUCUCAUCUCCUUCGCCUGGCAGAUCUCCAGAGGAAUGCAGUACCUGGCUGAGAUGAAGCUUGUUCACCGAGACCUUGCGGCGAGAAAUGUCCUCGUGGCAGAGGGGCGGAAGAUGAAGAUAUCUGACUUUGGUCUGUCUCGUGACGUCUACGAAGAAGAUUCAUACGUGAAGAGGAGCAAGGGUCGCAUUCCCGUGAAGUGGAUGGCUAUAGAGUCUCUGUUUGACCAUAUUUACACCACACAAAGUGAUGUUUGGUCUUUCGGAGUCUUGCUGUGGGAGAUAGUGACUCUGGGAGGGAACCCGUACCCAGGCAUUGCCCCUGAGCGGCUCUUUAACCUUCUGAAGACGGGUUACCGCAUGGAGAGACCAGAGAACUGCUCUGAAGAAAUGUACAGUCUGAUGCUGCGCUGCUGGAAACAGGAACCAGACAAACGACCCACCUUCUCAGAGAUCAGCAAAGAACUGGAAAAGAUGAUGGUGAAAAGCAGGGACUAUCUGGACCUCGCAGCCUCGACUCCUGCCGACGCCCUGCUGUAUGACGACGCCCUCUCUGAAGAGGACACGCCCUUAGUGGACUGUAGUAACACCCCUCUCCCUCGCACACUCCCCUCCACAUGGAUUGAGAACAAGCUCUAUGGCAUGUCAUACCCGAACUGGCCCGAGAAGAGCCCGGUACCACUCAGCAGACUCGAUGCCACUAACCCAGUCUUUACAAGAUAUGCCAAUGAUAGUGUUUAUGCAAACUGGAUGGCUUUACCCUCUUCCGCAAACAUUGUGGAGAAGCUUGAUAGUUAA